AUGUUGACGUCUUUAUCUUUUUUACGUGCUGUUUCCCGUGCUAACAUAUCAAAGAUACCCACAAAUAAUAAAGUUUUAACAAGACAAAUAUUGCCAAUUACAAUCAGUAAUGCUGUUCGAUUCUACUCUUCCCCAAGACCAAAAGGACCAAAAACACUUAAAGAACGUCUUGCAGAACUGAUUCCAGAAAAACAAGAAGAGAUAAAAUUAGUUAAAUCAAAAUAUGGUCAAAAAAUUUUAGGAGAAGUGUCGGUUGAUAUGGUGUAUGGAGGAAUGAGAGGCAUAAAAGGGUUGAUUUGGGAAGGUUCAGUCUUAGAUCCUGAUGAAGGUAUUCGAUUUCGUAACCUGACCAUUUCUGACUGCCAACGACUUUUACCUAAAGCUGAUGAAAGUGGUGGCGAGGAACCGUUACCUGAAGGUCUUUUUUGGUUAUUGGUAACUGGUGAAAUACCAACCAAAGAACAAGUUACUGCUUUAUCAGCUGAAUGGGCAGCCAGAUCCGUUAUACCAUCUUUUGUUGAAGACCUUAUUGACAGAUGUCCAAAUACAUUACAUCCAAUGUCACAAUUUUCCUUAGCGGUAACAGCUUUACAACAUGAUUCUAAUUUUGCUAAAGCUUAUCAAACUGGAGUAAAUAAAACUGAAUAUUGGGAAUAUGUUUACGAAGAUGCCAUGGAUUUAAUUUCAAAAUUACCUAAUGUUGUUGGUAGAAUAUAUAGAAAUAUAUAUAAAGAUGGGAAGGUUGCCCCUAUAGAAGCAGAUAAAGAUUAUUCAUAUAAUUUAGCAAAAGUACUUGGCUAUGCUGACAAUAAAGGUUUUGUUGAAUUGUUGAGGCUUUAUCUUACUAUUCAUUCAGAUCAUGAAGGUGGGAAUGUUUCUGCUCAUACAAUGAGACUCGUUGGAAGUGCGUUAUCUGACCCUUAUUUAUCAUUUGCUGCAUCACUUGAUGGUUUGGCUGGCCCAUUACACGGUCUUGCAAAUCAAGAAGUUGUACGUUGGAUUCAUAAAAUGAGAGAUGAGGUUGGAGAAUCACCAAGUGAUGAAACAGUAAAAGAAUAUGUCUGGUCAACAUUGAAAUCUGGUAAAGUUGUACCUGGAUAUGGUCAUGCUGUACUUCGAAAAACCGAUCCAAGAUAUGAAGCACAAAGAGAAUUUGCAUUAAAAAAUCUACCCGAUUAUGGAUUGUUCAAGUUAGUUUCACAAUUAUACAACAUUGUACCAGAUGUAUUACUUAAGCAUGGUAAAACCAAGAACCCAUGGCCAAAUGUUGAUGCACAUUCUGGUGUAUUAUUACAAUAUUAUGGAUUAAAUGAGCAAAAUUAUUAUACAGUUUUAUUUGGAGUUUCUAGAGCCUUGGGUGUUUUAUCGCAGAGUAUUUGGGAUAGAGCUUUUGGACUCCCAAUUGAAAGACCAAAAUCAUACUCUACAGAAAUGAUUCGUAAGAUGUUUGAGAAAUGA